AUGGACAACUCGUCAGAAAACACAACUACGUAUCAAGCGAGUGGCUCAAAUGUUGGUCUUGUGGUAGUUAUAUGUAGUCUUAUACCGUUGACUGUGAUUGGAAAUUCCCUCGUUUGCAUUGCGUUUCUAAAGUACCAGAAAGUCCGUACGACAACAAACUGUUUUCUCCUAAGUUUGGCUAUCAGUGACUUGAUAGUUGGGUUAGUUUUGAUACCAUUGUGGAUUGGUUUUCUUUUGUCAGAUGGCUUUAGGGAGCUACCAAUUUCUUUUCAUGACGCAUGGGUCAUGAUCGACAUAACUUGCAGUGUUUCUUCCAUGUCGAAUCUUGCUGGUGUAAGUCUUGAACGCUGGUAUGGCGUUUGUUAUCCAUUUAGGCACAAAAGAAUGGGUAUAAAAUAUCCAAUAAUGGCUUGCACUGUCGCAUGGAUUUAUUCCCUAGGUGUCGCGCUGUUGUAUAUGCUUAAAGACAAAAUUUCUUGGGUAUUUACAUUGAUUACAACCUUGGGGCUUUGCGUGCCGUUUUUCAUAAUGAUUUUUUCAUACACCGCAAUUGCACGCAAGAUUAGACAAAAAACUUUAUUAGAUACUCCACAGCAAGCUCGCAUCGAGUGUCGUACAAUACGCACAUUGGUCUUGCUAUCGUCGAUUUAUAUUAUCUGCUGGCUGCCUUUUGCUGUUGGUUCAAUAAUAAUCGUUUACUGCCACAAAUGUGCAAUAUACGUGCACGAGAGGCCAGUAUUGCAAAACUUUCCAAAGAUAUUACAUUAUGCUAAUUCCUUUAUGAACCCACUCCUUUAUUCUUUAUUCAAUCCAAGUUUCAAGGCAGCGUUCAAACAUUUAUUGUAUGACUCUCGUCGACGACCUGGAAGUAUGCGAGUAAGAAGUUCAUUCAUUGGUGACAGAACGAUGUCGACAACUCACACUAAUCACACCAAUCACAAGAUAACUGAAAUUUUACCUCGCCUAACUGUCGACCAGAGAAAAUCAAAUUCCAUUGAUAAUCAAAGUAAUUCCUUAGAGAAUGUCAAAUUCUUACAAUCAAAGGUCCUAUUUUUACAAAAUUAAGCUGCAUUGCGAUAUGACCACCUGAUAAGGAUGAAGAUUAACAGAGACUGAAGAUAAAAACUGGCUGGAAAUUUUUAUCUAGCAACUAACAAAGAUGACUUUUAGUAGAACGGGAAGGUUGUAGAGCCUUUUCUAGUCUAGAUGGUAUAUUUAUACUUAUGAAUACAAGAAAAUCAAUAAAGACAACCCGUUUCAUAAUAGGAAGAAACAGAUUCGGUGUUGUUGUAAUCAACGCUAUCGCAAAAA